AUGGUCAAUGAUGAACUCAGUAACUCAGUUAGCAAUCCAGCCAGCAAGCGCAUGCGCGGUCUCCUCAAAGAUCCUGGCUCAGAUGCUUGGAUGACGGUUUUAAGUUCCUUGGACUGUAAAUAUUCUUUUGAGCCUCAGGCAAUUCCCUGCAGCAUAACCUGGAGGAGAAACGUGCCAAGCACUCUGUCCACUCCAGAUGUCCCUGCGGUGAAGACUGAAGAGGAGAAAGAGGUGUUGGUGUUGGUAGAGCCGGAAGAUUUUCUUAAGCGCCUCUUUUCCCUAACCCAGAGUUUUGUCAAUGCCCCAACAGCGAGUCAGCCUGACCUGAACCAAGUGUUGCCUUUGGCUGGCCUGGAGGGCUCCUCCACCAAAACCUACAGCCUGGCCGUCGUUGGGCUGGAUGCCUACAGGUGUAGCCGGGAGCAGGGCAGGCAGCAGGCGCGGAGCCCUGGGAAGCAGAGUCCCAGCUCCCAGCCUGGCCCAGAGCUGGCUAUGACUCAGGAGGAGAUACUGGAGGCGCUGGUGGUGCUGCAGCUGUGGGGUAACAUCGAAGUGCUGUUCCUAGACACGUGGCAGGAAUUCGGCCAGCACGUCUCUGCGCUGACGAAGGCAAUAGCGAAACGCCCGUACAAGAGGCAGCUGGAGUUGCAGGAGUUGCCUUUCUGCGCUGCUGGGGCCUGGGCGAGCGGCGUGCGAGUGGAGAAGGACGGCACAGGACUCUGGCAGGUGUGGAAGAGACAAAUCCAGCAGUUUAACAGAGUCAGCCCUGCAACAGCAGCAGCUAUAGCGGAAGCAUAUCCCUCCCCAAGCCUCCUGUUACGGGCCUACGAAGAAUGCAGCACAGAAGAUGAAAAACGACUUCUGCUGAGUGACAUCCCAGUGAAAUCGGACGUUAGCGGGAAAGACCGCCGCGUUGGGCCAGACUUAUCCCGCCGCAUCUACCUCUUCAUGGUAUCCACUGACCCCGACCUUGUCCUGGACCUGAGCGCGUAGAGGGACCGUGGGCCGUGUCGGUCAGCCUCCUUGUUUUAUCUGCCAAGCCUCAGCAGUGGCUGAGCUGCUGCUGGCACGGCAGUGCUGCUGGGAGCCCGGCCAGGGGAAGCAGCUGAUCCUGUUUCAGAACAGAGACCUGCACAUCAAUAAAUGUCUUGUUACAGAUGC